CUGAUUGGGUGCUUCGAAAGGCGGGAGGCGGUUGGCGCGGCGCGUUGCCGGGUUGGUGUUGCGCUGGCAGUGGUGGCACCGCCUGAGGUGCGGCGGUGUCCUCACUAUGGAUGAGGUCAUUGUCGAGUAUAUCCGAAGAACUGUGCUAAAAAUCCCCCGUGAUGAAAUCAUGGCAGUGCUGCAGAAGUGGGGCUUUCUCUCAGAGGCGCAGCUACAAACCAUCAACUUCCGUCAGACCAAAGAGAGCAUCUCUCACAGCGUCGCCCAGCUCUGCGAGGAAAGUUCUGCAAACAUAAAGCAAGCAGCCCUCCUAGACAUCAUCUACAACCACAUCUAUCCAAACAAAAGAGCAUGGAGUGUCUACCGUAUGAACAAAACAGGGGAAGAAACAGACUUCUUUGACUUCAGAGAUUUCAAAAAAAAAUUUAGAAGACAAAUUCAAUCAGCAUUGAUAAAUGUCACCAUCAAUUUUAGGGAAUAUGAGGAUAAUGCAAUCUGGAUUAGAAUUGCCUGGGGAACACCUUAUACAAAACCAAACCAGUACAAAACCAGUUAUGUUGUGUACCACUCCCAGACUCCUUAUGUCUUCAUCUCUGCCUCCACCCUUAGGAGCAACUUACCUCUGCUGUGUCAGGCAAUGGUUGUUGCUUCCAAUUACCACGACAUCCGGGAAAUGGAGCUUCGAAGUCAUUGUUUAAACUCCCUUAAAGAUAUUGUGUUUAAGAGGUACAGCCAGAACUUCCAAACCAACUAUCCACUACAGGAAAGGAAUGUACUCACAGAAAAUGUGGAUUUAAGGAUAAAUGAUGAAAACAGUAGCGAGAAAGAAAGAAUACACAGACUGAAUCAGGAAUGUUUUGGUGAUGGCCCCCAACCCAAACUUGACUUCGCACAAUAUAAGCUUGAGACAAUGUUUAAGAGUGAUCCCAAAUGGGAUGUCUUGGAGAAAAAAGAGCCAUUCCGAUGUUUAGUCAAGUUUUCUAGUCCACAUCUUUUAGAAUCACUGAAAUCCUUGGCACCAGCAGGUUUGGCUGAUGCACCACUUUCACCACUACUUACAUGCAUUCCACAAAAAGCUAGAAAUUACUUUAAAAUUAGAGAGAAGAAGUCUUUACAUCCAGGAAACUUUGUAAGCCCUUAAAUAGGAAUGUUUUUAUAUCAAAAUAUGUGAUUCAUUUAUUACUGGUAUUAAUCCAAUCCAUAAUCACCUUUAAAACAGAUUUUAAAAACAGCCUUAUUCUCUGAUAAACCCUUUUUUAUUUCUGACUUUGGGUUAGCCCUUAAACUAACAAGUCACUGUUAGUGAAUUUUAAACAGAAAUCAUGAUUAUUUAAAGUUUAAAUGUGAUUACUACUUCUAUCUGUGUUUGCUGUUAGAUGCUAAAGCCUGGUACAAAUAGGUAAGACACCUAUUCUGUCUUAACUGUCAUAACUGUAGGUGGCCUUAUUUCAGCUGCAGGACAGCAGUGAAACACAACACAUGCCCAUUCUGAGCACGUGAACAGCCCCAUUCAAAUAAGUGGAACUACCACUCUGCGUCAGGUCGAGUGUGUUUUUGUCUUUGUAGACGCAGAUUACAUUCAAAGACCAUUGCAGGGUGUAGGGGAGAAGAGACUCUGAGAGACAUCAGUAAGAAACUUCCAUGCAGCAUUACCGGCUAUUCAGCUCCAGAGUUCUCACUCACCAACUGUGACAGUCAAUAAUAAAUAUUUUAAACUUUUAAAAUUCUAUCUCCUGAUAUUAGUAUCCUGUGAAAUACCAGCUCACAGGAACACAGUGACACUGGCAAUGGUUUUCUUUGGAGGUAGUCUAUGUUUUAGAAUGUCCGUUUCAUUCAACACGGGAUCUCUGCAGUCUUUGUACAUUAUCGUUUCUUGAGCUUAGGGACACAAAGAUUGCAGAAGCAAGAUAUCAGCAUGCACUCGUGCAAACAGCAGCUUUGCAGUGGACUUCUCUAGGGUUGGUAAAUAGUAAUUGGUAAUUAUGUAGAUAUUUCUAUGUAACUGGCUGUAUUAUUCUUAUUUUAAGAGAUUAAUUUGUGCUGAAGUGUCGAACAAAUGUUUGUUUCUUAAUUCUGCUACCUGGAAGCAUAUUGCGUGUGUGCCUUGUGUAUGAUAUGUUGGUAGGCAGUCCUUUGAAAGAGCUUCAUGACAAAGUAUAACUGUUUGGAGAGGUUGUAUGGGAAUUAUUUUGUUUUCAAACUGUAAAUAAAUGUGUAAAUUAAGACCUCUUA